AUGGCUGUUAUCGAUGAUAAACUAAAAUUGCUAUCAAAGUUUGAAGCUUUAACUCAUCAGCAAAGGUUCAAAUCAGUCUUUUUGUCCCCAAAGUGUACACACGUUUGUCUGGAUCAAAGGAGCUAUAUCUGCGUAGUGAUGGCUAUGUUCAAAAUAUGGCGCUGCAUAGAUACACACGGAACAUCGAAAACAACCGUAAGCCCUAACCAGCAAGUAUCAACUAUUUCAAGCGACGCAAACAUACGUAACCAAGCACCACCGGUUCCAUGUUCCAGAGCCAAUCGUUGUCAACAUGCCAAUAAUGGAGGAAAUAACACGGCCGAUACAGAAGCGACGACGCGCGCUUGGAUUACGUUACAACUGGAUUUGCUAUCCGCACCUCCGCAAAGGUCUGAAACGAUUCUCAUCAUUGCAGAGAGAGAGAACAAUCCCCCGCCUUUUUAUACUCCUCCCCCCACUUAUCAAGAUGCUUGGUUUGAUUCCUGAAAAAUUAGGAGCAAUAAAUUACAUGCCUUCAAAA